AUGGCGGUGAAACCUGGACCUGUGACGCCUGGACUGGUGUCAUUUUUACUUGGAGUUAUACCAGUCAUUAUCACAUGGUUAUACUCUGAGUGGUUGGAGUAUAGGAAGUCAUCAGCACCCUCUAAAGUGCAUUCGGACAAUAAUCUAGUUGAAAUGGAAAGUCAACCAAUCAAAGAAGAUGAGAGGACUGUCUUGCUUGAAGGAGGUCUAACGAAAACAGCGUCUACAAAGCUGGCAAACUCAAACAUUAAAACAAAUUUAAUUAGGUUUCUUACGAUGGAGGAGUCCUUUUUGCUUGAAAAUCGAGCUACUCUGAGGGCAAUGUCUGAGUUUGGAGGAAUUCUAAUUUACUUUUACAUUUGCGACCGCACAGAUUUCUUUGCAGAUUCUACAAAGAGCUACAACCGAGAUCUUUUCCUCUUCCUGUACAUUCUUCUUAUCAUAGCUUCAGCCCUAACUUCUCUCAAAAAGCAUCACGACAAGUCAGCAUUCUCUGGGAAAGCAAUACUUUACCUGAAUCGCCAUCAGACAGAGGAAUGGAAAGGAUGGAUGCAGGUCCUUUUCUUAUUGUAUCAUUACUUUGCCGCGACAGAGAUAUACAACGCCAUUCGUGUUUUUAUCGCUGGAUAUGUUUGGAUGACGGGUUUUGGUAACUUUUCCUAUUAUUACAUCAAGAAGGAUUUUAGUCUUGCUCGGUUUGCUCAGAUGAUGUGGAGGCUGAACUUUUUCGUGGUGUUUUGUUGCAUUGUCCUUAAUAAUGAUUACAUGCUCUACUAUAUCUGCCCCAUGCACACGCUGUUCACUCUAAUGGUGUAUGGUGCCCUGGGUAUUGGCCAUAACUACAAUGAGAUAAGAUCAGUGAUGGCUUUGAAAUUGUUCAUGUGCUUUGUUGUGGUAAUCCUGGUAUGGGAAAUUCCUGGAGUUUUUGAGUUCCUCUGGAGUCCUUUCGCCUUUAUGUUAGGGUAUACGGAUCCAGCAAAACCAGAUCUUCCAAGACUCCAUGAAUGGCAUUUCAGAUCUGGACUGGAUCGCUACAUAUGGAUUAUUGGAAUGAUAUAUGCCUACUUUCACCCAAAUGUUGAGAAGUGGAUGGAGAAACUGGAGGAGUGUGAAGCUAGGCGAAGACGAACCAUUAAGGGAAUAAUUGUGUCAGUUGCAAUAGUGGUUGGGUACUUGUGGUAUGAAUGCAUUUACAAGCUGGACAAGGUUGCAUAUAACAAGCUUCAUCCCUACACAUCAUGGAUUCCAAUAACGGUUUAUAUUUGCUUGCGAAAUUUCACACAGGAGUUCCGAAGCUAUUCUUUGACUCUAUUUGCGUGGCUUGGCAAAAUUACUUUGGAAACUUACAUUUCACAGUUCCAUAUUUGGCUAAGGUCAAAUAUGCCUAAUGGACAGCCAAAGUGGUUACUAUGUUUUAUUCCAGAUUAUCCUAUGCUCAACUUCAUGCUGGUAACUGCGGUUUACAUCUUGAUAUCUUGUCGGCUGUUUGAACUAACGAAUACACUGAAGGGCGUCUUUAUUCCAACAAGAGACAAUCAGAAGCUUUUCUACAAUUUUGUUGCUGGAGUAGCUAUUUCGGCUUCUUUAUACUUCAUUUCGUUUAUUCUUCUUCAGAUUCCUCAUUGA